AUGGAAAGCAUUACACAUUUUAUCAAUAAUCCCGAACAUCAUGAUGUACUUGCAAUCAUUAAAGGGUUCCGUAACGGAGCAGUUUAUGGUGCCAAAGUUAGAUUUCCACAUGCUCUAGUUAUGACUUUUUUAUUUCGAAACGAAAGUUUUAAAGACAAAAUAAACUUUAUUAUUGAUGCGACAAAGACUCACUCUAAGAAUUUAGCAUUCUUUGUAACAAUAUACAAAACCUUGAUGUAUUUACAAAAAAAAAUUAAUGGUGGUAAAGAACAAAAUGCACAUUCAUUUAUAGCUGGGCUAAUUGUGGCACGUGGGACAAUAGAAGAACCAAAGCAUACCUUUUCAAUAUUCGCUGCUGUGGUGUGGGGUAUUGUUAUGUGGCUCUUCCGUCAUGAACGUGACACUUUACAACCAUCAUUACAAUCUUCUAUGCAAUAUUUGUAUUUAGAUUCAGAUCAUUGGUAUGCCCUCAAGAAUUUCCUAUGGCAUAAUAAAUAA